AGGAGGAGGAGGCGGCGGACGGGAGUCACGGAGCCAUUUUGUACUCAUUUUAAACUGUGGGGAUAAGGCAGCCGCUGCGCACCGUGGAUACACUUCUACUAUGGAUACUAAGCGUCUUUUUCCAGGCUAAAACUUCACAAUGAAGGAUAAAAGUAAAACGCGGUGCUGGGAGAGGGAGAGCUGAUGCCUUUUGAAGUUUCAGAGAAAUUGAAUGGGAAUUGGCAAGUUUACAAGCAUGGAGCUACUGAUAUGCUGGAUUUGGGUUUGUGUCCUGUUCAACGUGCCGCUUGCGGGAUGUUUGGAGAUGCACCUUUCAGAGACUUUACAGCCCGGGACCCUUUUAGCAAACCUGUCGCUCGGCCCUGGAUGGACUUAUAAAAUAGACAGGACUUCAUCACCUAAAUUCAUCCAGAGCUUUUUCAGAGUUGAGAGGCACGAUGGGGUUGUCCGUCUGUCCCACAAAGUUAAAUGUGCGCUCACACGGAGGAAUCCAGUGCCUGUUUAUUUCAAGACAGGUUCCUCAACAUCGGGGGACAUUGUUCUGACCCAGUUUAAUGUAUUUGUCCAUGGCCAGGACUGUUUUAUUAAGUACAAGCGAAAGACGUUGUCAGGUAAGCCGGACAUUUACAUUAAACACCUUUUAAAAUUGGAGGCAACUUCCUGCUUACCCGCAGGUAAAUUGCUUUUGAAUGUAAUCGAACGUUUGCCUGCUUUUACGGGAAACAUCGCCUUUAAGGAAACUGAAUGUGUUGGAAAAGACUUUGGUGCAGUUUUUAGGCAUGGAGAUUUGUUCCUGGCCAGUGAGUUAUGCCUUGCGCACAGAGGACAACCCCAGGUGAAUUUGCACUGCGCAUUGCACAACUCUGUAGGCGGCCGGCUCUCUGUACACCUGAGCUUAAAGCUUGUAAAUGUGCCUAAACACCUUGGAUCCUUAACAGAAAACGUCCCGAGAAAGUCUGAAAAAUUGAUCCGCAGGGGGAAGCGGCAAGUAAACACAUCGCCCCAGUUCCAGCUCCCAAAUUAUCAGGUUUCUGUGCCCGAGAAUGAGCCUGCGGGCACGCGGGUAAUCACCCUGAAAGCAACUGACCCGGAUGAUGGAGAGGCAGGGAGGCUGGAGUACAGCAUGGAAGCCUUGUUUGACAGCAGGUCCAAUGACUUUUUUAACAUUGACUCGGAGACAGGGAGCAUAACAACCGUCCAAGCUCUAGACAGAGAAGUCAAAGACACACAUGUUUUUAAAGUCAUUGCAACUGACAAUGGGACCCCAACAAGAUCUGCCACUUCAUACCUCACUGUCACUGUGAGUGACACUAAUGACCAUAGCCCAGUGUUUGAGCAAAAUGAAUACCGUGUUAGCAUCCGGGAAAACAUAGAAGUGGGCUUUGAAGUGAUGACAAUCCGGGCAACUGAUGGGGAUGCUCCCUCCAAUGCCAACAUGAUUUAUAAGAUUGUGAAUGGUGAUGGAGUUAACUCUGUGUUUGAAAUCGACCCCCGUAAUGGCCUUGUGAGGAUCAGAGAACGGCCUGACAGGGAGACCCGGGCCCAGUACCAGCUGAUUGUAGAGGCCAAUGACCAGGGCAAAGACCCAGGUCCCCACAGUGCCACUGCCACUGUCCACAUCUCUGUAGAGGAUGAGAAUGACAACUACCCACAGUUCAGUGAAAAGCGAUAUGUUAUACAGGUCCCAGAGAAUGUGGCAGUCAACACAAAAGUCAUCCAGGUGGAGGCUACAGACAAAGAUGAGGGAAACAAUGCCAAAGUGCAUUACAGCAUCAUCAGUGGGAAUAUUAAAGGACAGUUCUACAUUCACUCCCCCACUGGUGUGAUUGAUGUUAUCAAUCCUCUGGACUAUGAGAUGAUUCGGGAGUAUAAUUUGAGGAUCAAGGCUCAGGACGGUGGCAGGCCUCCACUGAUAAAUGGCACAGGGAUGGUGGUGGUGCAAGUGGUAGAUGUGAAUGACAAUGCCCCCAUGUUUGUCAGUACACCUUUCCAGGCUACUGUGUUGGAAAAUGUGGCCAUUGGUUAUUCUGUGAUCCAUAUUCAAGCAAUUGAUGGUGAUUCAGGAGAAAAUGCUCGUUUGGAAUACCAGCUUACUGACAUCACUCCUGGUUUUCCAUUCACCAUCAACAACAACACAGGUUGGGUUACAGUGAGUGAUGAGCUUGACAGAGAGACCACAGACUUCUACACGUUUGGUGUAGAGGCAAGAGAUCAUGGAAUACCUGUAAUGUCCUCCUCAGCCGGUGUCAGCAUCACAGUGCUUGAUGUUAAUGACAAUGUGCCCACAUUUACAGAGAAGACCUACUCACUCAAAAUCAAUGAAGAUGCAGUGGUGGGGACCAGUGUGUUAACCAUGACGGCGGUGGAUAGGGACAUCAACAGUGUGGUGACCUAUCAGAUUUCCAGUGGCAACACCAGGAAUCGCUUUGCCAUCACUAGCCAGAGCGGCGGUGGCCUUAUCACCUUAGCCCUCCCCUUGGACUACAAGCAGGAACGCCAGUAUGUCCUGACUGUCACUGCCAGUGAUGGAACACGCUAUGACACUGCGCAGGUAUUCAUCAAUGUGACAGACGCCAACACGCAUCGGCCCGUCUUUCAAAGUGCCAACUACCAGGUGAUGCUCAGUGAAGAAAAACCGGUGGGCUCCACUGUGGUGGUGAUCAGUGCAACGGACGAGGACACAGGGGAAAAUGCUCGCAUCACGUAUGUAAUGGAAGACAAUGUUUCUCAGUUUAAAAUUGACCCAGAUACAGGUGCCAUCACGACACAAAUGGAGAUUGACUAUGAAGACCAGGCCUCAUACACAUUAGCAAUCAUUGCCAGAGACAAUGGCAUUCCUCAGAAAUCUGAUACCACCUAUGUGGAGAUUAUCAUUCUUGAUGCUAAUGAUAAUGCUCCGCAGUUUCUCAGAGAUAUAUACCAGGGUACUGUAUUUGAAGACGCACCUGUGUACACCAGUGUUCUCCAGAUCUCUGCUUCAGACAGAGACUCUGGAUCGAAUGGCAGGGUGAGCUAUACAUUUUUGGGUGGCGAUGACGGAGAAGGGGAUUUUUUCAUAGAGCCUUACUCUGGUAUCAUCAGAACUGCUCGCAAACUGGACCGGGAGAAUGUUCCUGUGUAUAAUCUGAAGGCCUUUGCUGUGGACAGGGGGGUUCCACCAUUGAAAGCCGCUGUUUCCAUUCAUGUGAUAGUCCAAGACAUAAAUGACAAUGCACCAGUGUUUGAAAAGGAUGAGCUUUUUAUUGAUGUGGAGGAGAACAGUCCGGUGGGGUCCACUGUAGCCCGGAUCACUGCCACUGACCCUGACGAGGGCACUAAUGCGCAGAUCAUGUAUCAGAUUGUGGAAGGAAAUAUUCCUGAAGUUUUCCAGCUGGACAUUUUCAAUGGUGACCUUACUGCACUCACAGACCUGGAUUAUGAGACUAAAACAGAGUAUGUCAUAGUGGUCCAGGCCACCUCAGCACCACUAGUGAGCAGGGCUACUGUUCACAUCCGCCUUGUAGACAUGAAUGACAAUGAGCCUGUGCUGCAGAACUUUGAGAUUAUUUUCAACAACUAUGUCACCAACAAGUCUAACAGUUUUCCAUCAGGAAUAAUAGGAAAGGUACCAGCUCAUGAUCCGGAUGUAUCAGAUAAACUACGCUACAAGUUUGAAUCUGGAAAUGAACUCAGUCUGCUGGUGUUGAAUGAGGAUACUGGGGACCUGAGGCUGAGCAGGGAUCUGGACAAUGACAGGGCCCUGGAAGCUCCCAUGACCAUAUCUGUCACAGAUGGUAUCCAUCAUGUGGUGGCCCUCUGCACGCUGCGUGUCACCAUCAUCACUGAUGACAUGUUGACCAACAGCAUCACUGUGCGUCUGGAGAACAUGUCCCAGGAGCGCUUCCUCUCUCCCCUGCUUGGCCUUUUCCUUGAUGGCAUGGCAGCUGUGCUCUCCACCAAACGGGAAGCAGUGUUUGUGUUCAACAUCCAAAAUGACACUGAUGUGCAAGGCUCCAUCCUCAACGUAACCUUUUCUGCACUGCAGCCUGGAGGGUCCCCAGGUAAAGGGACAUUCUUUCCCUCUGAGGAGCUACAGGAGCAGAUCUACCUCAACAGAACUCUGCUCAGGCUGAUAUCUUCUCAGGAGGUGUUGCCAUUUGAUGACAACAUCUGCCUGCGCGAGCCCUGUGAGAACUACAUGAAGUGUGUAUCGGUGCUGAAGUUUGACAGCUCCCCUCCUUUCAUCGCCUCUGACACGGUUCUGUUCCGGCCCAUCCAUCCCAUCAAUGGGCUGCGCUGCCGCUGUCCAGUUGGUUUCACCGGGGACUACUGUGAGACUGAGAUUGACCUGUGCUACUCAGGACCAUGCAAGAACAAUGGCAGGUGUCGCAGCCGAGAGGGAGGAUACACCUGCGAGUGCUUGGAGGACUUCACAGGCGAACACUGUGAGCUGAAUGCAUCAUCAGAUCAGUGUGUACCUGGUGUGUGUAAAAACGGUGGUAAGUGUGUGAACCGACUGGCAGGUGGUUUCAUGUGCCAGUGUCCACCAGGGGAGUACGAGAAGCCCUACUGUGAGAUGACCACCCGCAGCUUCCCUGGACAGUCGUUCAUCACCUUCAGAGGCCUGCGGCAAAGGUUCCACUUUACUGUCUCCUUCAUGUUUGCUACGAGAGAGCGGAAUGCUCUCCUUCUCUACAAUGGCAGGUUCAAUGAAAAACAUGACUUCAUUGCCCUGGAGAUCAUUGACGAACAAAUUCAGCUCACCUUCUCUGGAGGUGAGAAGAAGACCACAGUGUCUCCCUACAUCCCUGGUGGAGUCAGCAAUGGCCAGUGGCACUCUAUCCAGCUUCAUUACUACAACAAGCCUAACAUUGGACGUCUAGGCACCCCUCAUGGACCCUCUGGAGAAAAGGUGGCUGUGGUUGCUGUAGACGACUGUGAUAUCUCCAUGGCAAUACGCUUUGGAAAGCAGAUUGGUAACUACUCUUGCGCUGCCCAGGGCGCCCAGACCGGACAGAAGAAAUCUCUGGACUUAACAGGACCGCUGUUGUUAGGUGGAGUUCCCAACCUGCCUGAGGACUUCCCAGUCAGGAACAGAGAUUUUGUGGGCUGCAUGAGAAACCUCAGCAUCGACAGCAAACCCAUUGACAUGGCCAGCUACAUUGCUAACAAUGGCACCACAGCAGGUUGCCCUGCAAAGAAAAACUUUUGCACAAAAGAUGUGUGUCAGAAUGGAGGAGUGUGUGUGAGCAAGUGGAACACCUACAGCUGCGACUGCCCAACCGGUUAUGGUGGCAAGAAUUGUGAACAAGCGAUGCCAUCUCCUCAGUUCUUUGAUGGCCAAGCUCUGGUCUCCUGGAGUGAGCCAGACAUCACAGUCGCUGUCCCCUGGUACAUAGGCCUCAUGUUCCGCACCAGGCAAUCUGCUGGCACUCUGAUGCAGGCCAAUGCCGGACCCUCCUCCACUAUCAACCUCAUGCUCAGUGAUCAACAAGUUCGCAUGGAAGUGUUGUUGCGACAGCAGCUGGUGGCAUCGCUGAGCUUCCCCCAGGUUCGGGUCAAUGACGGGGAGUGGCACCACCUGCUGGUAGAGCUGCGGAGCAUGAAAGAUGGCAAAGACAUCAAAUACAUAGCAGCCAUGUCUCUAGACUAUGGCAUGUACCAGAAGUCAAUGGAGAUUGGUAAUGAACUUCCUGGCUUGAAGUUGCAAACUCUUCAUGUUGGAGGUUUACCAGGAGAUGGAAACUAUGUCAUCAAAGGAUUUGUGGGCUGCAUACAGGGCAUGCGUAUGGGUGAGACAUCCACCAAUGUGGCCAAUGUGAACAUGGCUCAGGGCCUGAAGAUCCGUGUGGAGGACGGCUGCAAUUUAGCUGACCCCUGUGACACCAGCAUCUGCCCUGACACCAGCCACUGCAGUGAUGACUGGAGCACACACACCUGUGUGUGUGACCCAGGGUACUUUGGUAAGGAGUGUGUGGACGCUUGUCAGCUCAACCCCUGUGAGCACGUUUCCACCUGUGUUCGCAAACCAAGUUCCUCCCAUGGCUACACCUGUGAAUGUGGGCAGACCUACUAUGGCCAAUACUGUGAAAGCAAAGGGGAGAAGCCUUGUCCUCAAGGUUGGUGGGGCAGCCCCAUGUGUGGACCCUGUAACUGUGACACCAGCAGAGGAUUUCAUAAAGAUUGCAACAAGACCACUGGAGAGUGUCGCUGCAAGGAAAACCACUAUCGUCCAGAAGGUGAGGAUACUUGCUAUCCCUGCGAGUGUUUCUCUAUCGGCUCUGAGUCUCGGACCUGCGACUUCAUCACCGGGCAAUGCCCCUGUAAGGGAGGAGUCAUAGGUCGUCAGUGUAACCGCUGUGAUAACCCCUUCGCUGAAGUCACCCCCACUGGAUGUGAAGUGGUAUAUGAGGGCUGCCCCAAGGCAUUUGACGCCGGAAUCUGGUGGCCCAAGACCAAAUUUGGACGCCCUGCUGCCAUGAACUGUCCAAAAGGAUCCCUUGGUACUGCCAUCCGCCACUGUAGCGAUGAGAAAGGCUGGUUGUCAUCUGAGCUGUUCAACUGCACUACUGUCACUUUUUUUCAUCUGAAGAAAAUGAACGAAGACCUGCGUCGCAACAGUUCAAAAAUGGACAAUGAACACUCCAAAACCAUUGUGCGUUUGCUUCGCGGUGCCACCAGUAACACUUCGAAUUACUAUGGGAAUGAUGUGAAGACGGCCGCCCAGCUGCUGAAUCACGUGCUGCAGUUUGAGAGUCGGCAGUCGGGAUUUGACCUUACUGCCACGAGGGAUGCAGAGUUCAAUGAGAACUUAGUGCGAGCAGGCAGUGCCAUAUUGGAUCCUAACAACAAGGAGCACUGGGAGCAGAUUCAGAAGACUGAGGGUGGCACUGCACAUUUGCUCCGCAACUUCGAGGACUAUGCCAACACACUGGCACAGAACGUCAGGAAAACCUACCUGAAACCCUUCACUAUCGUCACUGACAACAUGAUUCUAACUGUGGACUACCUGGAUGUUUCGGACCCAGAAAAGGCAGAACUCCCUCGAUUCCAGGACAUCCAGGAAGCCUACUCCAGAGAGCUCAAGUCCUCUGUCCAUUUUCCCAAGUUCAACCUUCACGCUCAGGGCCACAGAGCAGAGGCCAUUCCCACACCUUCAACUCAGACUGAUCCCCCUCUGGAGGAGGAGCACACAGUGUCUGAGAGGAGACAGCGCCAACUUGAAACAGCUGCCCCUCUGCCGGUUGCUGUGGUGAUAGUGUACAAAUCACUGGGACAACUGCUCCCAGAAAGAUAUGACCAUGACCGCAGGAGUCUGAGGGUCCCCAACCGUCCGGUGAUAAACACAGCCAUAGUGAGCACCACAGUCCAUAGCGAAGGUCCGCCUCCUCCCCCCAUCCUGGACCCCCCCAUCACCCUUAAAUACACUCUGUUGGAGACAGAGGAGAGGACCAAACCUGUCUGUGUCUUCUGGAACCACUCGCUCGCGAUUGGAGGAACAGGUGGCUGGUCUUCUAAAGGCUGCGAGGUGCUCAACAGGAACAAUACUCACAUAAGCUGUCAGUGUAACCACAUGACCAGCUUUGCUGUGCUGAUGGAUAUCUCCAAGAGAGAGCACGGUGAUGUUCUCCCCCUGAAGAUCGUCACCUACACCACAGUGUCGGUCUCCCUGUUACUUCUCCUCAUCACCUUCAUCCUGCUCUGCCUCUUGCACUGGCUCCGCUCCAACCUCCAUGCCAUCCACAGGAACCUGUUAGCUGCACUCUUCUUCUCUGAGCUUGUCUUCCUGUUUGGCAUCAAUCAGACUGACAACCCAUUUGUGUGUACAAUCAUAGCCAUCCUCCUCCAUUAUUUCUACAUGUGCACUUUUGCCUGGAUGUUUGUCGAGGGGCUGCAUAUCUACCGCAUGUUGACUGAGCUGCGCGACAUCAACCAUGGCCACAUGAGGUUCUACUAUGCCAUUGGCUGGGGCAUACCAGCUAUUAUCACUGGUCUUGCAGUAGGUUUGGACCCUCAGGGUUAUGGUAACCCAGAUUUCUGCUGGCUUUCUGUCCAUGAUACACUCAUCUGGAGCUUUGCUGGACCCAUCUUUGUAGUCGUCCUGGUAAACAUAGUGAUCUUUAUUCUUGCUGCAAAGGCUUCCUGUGGUCGCAGGCAGAGGGCUAUGGAGAAGUCAGGAGCUAUUCCUGCACUACGCAUGGCCUUCCUCCUGUUGCUACUCAUCAGCGCCACCUGGAUCCUUGGUCUAAUGGCAGUCAACAGCAACAUAAUGACCUUCCACUACCUGUUUGCUGCCUUCACCUGUUUGCAGGGAGUCUUCAUCUUCUUCUUCCAUGUAAUCUUCAACAAAGAGGCGAGGAAAAACCUCAAGAACAUUUUCACAGGAAAAAAAAGCACACCUGAUGAAUCAGGCACUACAAGGGCGUCUCUGCUCACACGCUCUCUAAACUGCAACAACACAUACACAGAAGAUGGUCCGCUGUACCGCUCAGGCAUCGGAGAGUCCACCGUCUCCCUGGAUAGCACACUCAGGUCAGCCAAGAGCUGCAACAGCCACCUGGCUUACACACUCAGAAACGAGUCUGGUCUGAAGCCCAGUGUCUCUUCAGGAAUAGCUAAAGGACACACAGAUCUGGAUGGACCUCUGUUCCACAGAAACAGUACCAAAGCAGAUGACUCUGACUCCGACAGUGAGCUGUCAGUUGAUGAACACAGCUCCUCCUACGCCUCCUCCCACUCUUCUGACAGUGGGGACGAUGACAUCGACGUCAAGCCCAAGUGGAACAACGAGAGGCAGCCUGUUCACAGCACACCUAAGGUGGAUUCAUUGUCAAAUCAUGUGAAGCCUUAUUGGCCAACAGAGGCCACCACAGCCAGUGACAGUGAGGAUCCUGGUGGGCCAGACCGACUGAGGGUGGAAACCAAGGUGAACGUGGAACUGCACCCAGAAAAUAAGCUCAACCACAUUGAUGAACAAGAGAGGGAGACACUCCAGGAGAGAGACAAACAGAUGCCUAAUACUAAAGACACAGCACCUUCUAGCCAGCCCAACAGCAACCACCAACCGGAGCAGAGAAAAGGUAUCUUAAAGAACAAGAUCAGCUACCCUCCUCCCCUGACCGACAAGAACAUGAAGAACCGUUUGAGGGAGAAGCUGAGCGAUUACCACACCCCCACCAUCACCUCCCCUGGCCCCAACAACAACACCUCUUCCUCACCUCUUCCCUCUGUCAACAUCAUGACCCCUUCUUCCCGGCCACCCUCGCUGACCUCUGCUGAUGGAGGUCGCCCAGGCAACCAUGAAACCAGCUCCCUCAUCAAGCCACCCAUCACCUCACAGCCACAAAUCCCUGUUGGGUCCCCACCCCAGGGAAUCUAUCGGGAGGUCAACGGGGGAGUGGCAAUGCUCUUGAAGUCACGGACAGUCAACGGAGGCAACGAGUCUGACUCUGAUGGCAGUAACGAGACUUCCAUCUGACCUUCGAUCUGAUCCCUGUUAGGAAAACCCAGACCAGCCUGCCCUUGUGAGAGAAGGAGCGAAGCUGCAGAAGGAGGAGAGGAAAGGAAGAGAGCCAAGAGGAGGGGAAUAAAAUAAAAUAAAGAAGAAGAAAAUGGAGGGGUGUCAAAGAUUGGUUGAAAUAGGGAAAUGUUCUCCAUGCCUGAUCUGUCCAUCCAUCCCUCCUCUCAUGUUCUCUCUCUCUCUGGAGAGCAGUAUUAAAUGCAGACUUUAAGACUGCCUGAGACAAGAAAAUAAGCAGUGAUAAGGAACAGAUGGGAGCAAUAAUAAAAGGGAUGCUGUAUUGGAGUGUACAAAGAGGGGAUGAAAUGGAGCUACAUAUUUGUGCCAAAACCAAUAAAGGAAUUGGAGACACAGAAUGAGAUGCAGAAUCCCUCCAGAAUGCACUGCAAGCCCCAAAAUGACUGUAAGAGCAGUCUAUGAGGGGUCAUGUCAUUUUUCCCAAUAGAUGGGUAAACUAAGGAAGGCUAGACAACUUUUUCAGACAGCCUUUUUCUCAUGGAGAAAGACAGACGCAUAAUCACUGUGCAUAAAUCCAUACAUGCUGGUACAGUCUCAUCUUUUCUUUUUUUACCUCUAGAGACAGGCGUUCCCAGCUUCUCAAUGCAGUGCAUUUAAGAAUGUAAUUAAUGUGUAGAUAUUGUUAAAGGUGAAGAAGAAAUCACCAAUUUUCUAUUUCAGCUGUAGAAUGGAAACGUUUCGAAAUUAAAAAUCUUUUGCCUGUGUUUGGAACACUUCAUAUUGUGAAAAUCACCUGAUAUGCUAGUUUAAUGACAACAGUAAUCUUUGUGCCUUCUUUCUGGAUUGAGGCCUUCCACAUGCACACACACACACACACACACACACAUUAACAUACACAAAUACAAUUCACCACGCUCUCUGGUAGCAUAUUUUGCUAAAGAUACAUAUACACACACAAUAAAUGCAAGACUGUUGCUGUUGCAUGUGUUGCCUAGAAUGUCCACAGUACAUGCAUGCACAGAACAGUGGGCCUAAAUGAACACUGAUUAUGUGAAAUGCAGAGGAAUGCCUCCUCUGCCAGAAACCCUGAUUGAGCACUAUGAACCUGAAGCCUUUCUUCAGUUUUAACCUUCUUCUGUUUAUCCAGUACAACUCUGGAUAUCAAAGCCAUGAAAAACAUUAAAUGUGCAGAGGAGGGUUGGGGUCAGUUCACUUUCACACUUUCAACUCAGUUUCAUCCCAAAACAUCUGAAAAAGACAUAAUGGUGGUAUAAAGUCAACACAGAAUUAGAAGAUUGAUUUCAUGUUUGUUUGUUUUUUUGUAUGCUUUAUCACUGUUGAAUUACUGAAUCUGAGUUUAAAGUGGAAAUGAUUCCAACUCUAAUGCAUUUUGCAGCUAAUAUAAGGCAACUUCAUGUAAAUUCACUGUAUACCUUUGUACAAUACAUACUGUCCACCCCAGUGUUUUACCCCCCUUUUAUCAAUGUCCUUUUUUAUUAUUGAUCUGAGACACUGGAAAUAUUUUGUAACAUUGUAUAUUUAUUUUUUAUGGUUUCAAAACACUGGAAAGAAAAGAUGAUUGUGACUAUAAA